CCAUCACGAGCAUACAACAUCCCGCCCAUCGCCUCAGCUGCUACCACAGAUCGAGAAUGCUGAUCCCUCGCUGAGAUCCAGUCCGACAAAAUAAUGGGUGCACUGAGCAUCCUCAUCCUCAUCGUAUCAAUAUCCUUCCUGACAAUACGAUAUCCGGUCAUGUUGAAAGGCCUCUUGCCAGCAUGGUUCAGCGCGGCCGAACGAAAGGACUUCGACUCCAAAGAUGAAAGCCGCCUGUCACACGGGUCCGAAGCCUCAGACCAGGGAAGGACUUCAACAUCAGGAGAUGAAGCAGACGGCGACUCGACACCAAAAGCGGAGCCGACACGAAAUGAGGAAGCAGUCCCCACGUUCACCUUGAGUGAUGGUACUGCGGAAGAAGUACCAGAGUCGCCUGCAGAGCCAGUCACCCCUAUGUUCCCUGCCGCGAAUAGCGCCCAACGAGCCUCUUCAUCUAUGCCUCCUCCGCCGAGACCGACCAAACCUAGUGCCUCGAGUCUCAUGCCACCACCAGGGCGACCCGUUCCCAGUCAGAAGCAGUCUGCAGCCGCCUCGUUGCGCAUACCCUCAAAUGGUCCCCUGCCCAACCGCGGACCACCAGCCGGGAGUCAGCAGCGGGUCAAUUCAAGUCUAUCGCCGAAUGGUGCUGUCUCGACUCCAAAUUCGCGCGGCAAAGUGCUAUUGUCGCCUGGCCAUUCGCCCAUGGAUUGGGCUGCACUGGUAAAAAGUGGCAAUCUUGCGGGUGUCAGCACAUUUCAGCGCGUCACACCUAGCGAGUUGAAGAAGAUGACAGGACGAAAAGGCAAGCCAGCAUGGAGUAGCUGGCAGGGGAAAGUCUACAACAUCACCCCGUACCUGCCAUUCCAUCCUGGCGGCGAACCAGAGUUGAUGAAGGCUGCUGGGAGGGACGGAACGAAACUGUUCAUGGAUGUGCAUCCAUGGGUGAAUUGGGAGAAUAUGCUAUCCACCUGUCUAGUAGGAGUUCUGGUACCAGAAGACCACGGCGCUGGAAGUGGGAGUCUGGAGGAUAUGGAUUGA